AAUUACCUACUUUUCAGGCUCUUGCAUGUGGUUGAAAUAGUCAACUGGUAACCAUGGAAUGGUAUAGUCACUAGUUCCGAUAGUGCCGAGUAGCUCGCGGUAUAUUUAAGUUCGGUGAUACGGCGAAUUUUCUUCACGUCAAGUAUUUUCAUUUCAGUGUUCCAAUUACUUGCCAUAAGUACAACUAAUCGCGCGAGUGAUUUUAUGCCGUUAAUCAACAAGUCAGAACUUGAAAAAUAAAUGAAAAUAACACGAGUGUCUUUCCUUUACGUAGACAUGGGCGGGCGAUGCUUGUAAAAAAUCGCGUGAGAGAAACUGCCGCGUGAAUAUCUGAAGCCCUUAACCACGUAACAUUGCUCUAUAAUCCAAAAAUGGUUUGUUUCCUCGUGUUAAAGGAAAAUUUAAUGCACUUUUCUGUGCCGUCCGAAUUUUGGCAACGAGCCGCGCGAACGAUAAAUAGAUUCGUGUCACGUCUAACUACUUUGUUAUAACGAGACUGAAGUGUUAAAAUGUCGUUAAAAUGUCAAAAACAUCAAGUGCACCUUCCCAGAAACAUUGGAACAUGCUAUAUAAUAAUACAUUCAUUGAACAAGAUCAAAUUUGAGUAAAAAGGAAAAUGUUUACAAUAUUAAAAUUUUGUAAAAGCAAAUUUACGUUUGCGAUGGUACACUGUACAUUAACUUUCUUCCCCUUAGUUACGCAUUAGUUAACACUAUGCGUAAAAAUUUUUAUUCAACAAGAGAUCUUGUAGAUUUCAGAGAUUACAGAAAGAAAUAAUAUUUAUAGAUCCACGUAAAUUAUUCUUCCAAAUAACAUAGGAUCUUGCUGGACUGCUAAAUGGAAGUUAAGAGAAAGGUGUUUUAAUCGUAUAUUUAGUAAACCUUUGUAGAUUAAUAUUUGAACAACUUACGAUGCUUCUCGAACGUUUUAUUUCGGUUAUUGGGAUAAAAUGCCCAUUAUAUUAACAUAAAGCGUCUAUAUUCUAAAUUUUGAAACUUGUACACAAAAAACAAAUUCGUACGUGCUGCUGACAGCUCUCGGAGAGCGUCAGUGAACCAUUCGACAGUUGUGUUUAGCAGAUAGAUUGAGAGAAGCUGUUGCGGGAAACGUAGGCACCGCGAGGCGAAAAGUGUCUAAAUAUACCACACUGGCUGUGUGUAUGUGUGUGCGUCUAUCGGAUUAGAGCGUUUAAAUGUUUAGAUCAUUUAGAAUGGCGACGCAAUAGCACUAAUGCAAUGGCAAUAACAAACAAAAAAUGGCCGAGAAAUGCUACUUCUAUACGUCACUGUUGCAUUUAUGCCCCAUAUUUCGGGGUUGCCGAGGAAGAUACCGAUCGGUGGUUUAUUCGACAGUGACGAGACAAUUCAAAAAGCGUUUGAAAUCUCAAUCAAAGCGAUAAAAAGGAAUAUCUCUGCCACCAAGCACACGAGGGGCCUGUUGUUAACACCCAGAACAGAAAAAAUCAACAAGAAUGCAUUCCAAGUAGCAAACAUAGCGUGCGAGCUGAUAAGCAACGGGGUGGCCGGAAUAUUUGGUCCCCAAGACAAAUCGACGGCGAGCUACGUUCAAAGUAUGUGCGAUACCCUGGACAUACCUCACAUUACUGCCAGAUGGGAUUCCGAACCACAACGUGGCAAUGUCAUAAAUCUAUAUCCGCAUCCCGAUGCGCUCUCCAUGGUUUUUCAAAACCUACUUGAAGAAUACAAAUGGAACGAAUAUGCAAUACUUUACGACAACGCGGAUAGCCUGAUGCGCAUGAACCGCCUGCUCAAGUUACCAAACAUGAAUACUAUUUUCGCGAUGGUGUUUCAUUUAGGUAGUGGACCAAAUUUUAGACAGGCCAUGAAAGAAGUCAAGAUGUCCGGAUAUAGAAAUCUCAUAAUCGACUGUUCGUACGAUAUCCUUGAGUCCGUUCUCAGACAAGCACAACAAGUCGGAAUAAUGUCGGAAAGUUAUAAAGUGAUUAUUGCUUCUUUGGACUUGCAAACCCUAAACUUAGAACCGUACCAAUACUCCGGAGUGAAUUUGACGGGCCUGCGUUUAGUCGACCCGGAAAGCCCAAUUGUUCGACGUACCCUCAAGUCCCGAUCUCUUAAUUGGAAUUUAACGGACGGUUCCCACUUAAGGGUGGAAGCAGCGCUCGCUUAUGACGCGGUACAACUUUUCGCGAGCAGUUACGCGCGAUUACGAAGCAGCGCCAAGGGAAACCUCAAAAAAUUGUCUUGCAACCGCACGGAAAUUUGGGGGCACGGUUUCAGCAUAAGUAAUUAUAUGCGAAACGAGCAAAUGCACGGACUGAGCGGUAUGAUAAGAUUCGACACGGCCGGAUUCCGAAGCGAAUUCCAACUAGACAUCGUAAAUCUAGGAAAUGAAGGACUGUAUAAAGUCGGAAAAUGGAAAACGAACUUCGGUAUUGAAUGGCAGCCAGGACACAGAAUUCCCGGAGUAGACGACGACAAGAGUUUGCGCGAUAAGCAUUUUCUUGUCGUGAUAUCGUUAACAGAUCCGUACGGGAUGCUUAAAGAAUCAGCCUCUGUAAUAACUGGAAAUGAUCGAUACGAAGGCUUCGCGAUAGAUAUAAUUCAAGAAAUGAGCAAGCUGUUGGGAUUUAAUUAUACCUUUGAAGUUCAGGCCGACAAUGUUUACGGAUCGUUUAAUAACGUAACCAAGAAAUGGAAUGGAAUGCUGGGGAAAAUAAUCGACGGUGAAGCGGAUUUAGCGAUCACAGAUCUGACGAUCACGUCUGCGAGAGAAAGCGUUGUGGAUUUUACGAGUCCUUUUAUGAACUUAGGCAUAAGCGUUCUCUACAGGACACCCACGAGAGCCCCACCAGGCUAUCUGUCUUUUCUGGGGCCGUUUUCGAAGGACGUUUGGCUGCACCUCAUCGGAGCGUACAUCGCCGUGACGACGUUAUUAUUCGUGAUUGGAAAACUCUGCCCCGUGGAAUGGACCAAUCCAUAUCCGUGCAUCAAGGAGCCAAAGGUGUUGGAAACACCCUACACUCUGACGGAUACUCCGUUUCUGGUGAUCGGGGCCAUCUUGAAGUCACCUACCGGAUUUGCACCCGCGGGAAUUUCAACAAGAACUUUGGCUGUUGCUUGGUGGUUCUUUACUUUGAUCAUUGUGACAACGUAUAUCGCCAACUUGGCAGCCGCGUUAUCCACGAAAUCCGUCGUGUGGUCUUUCCAAGUGGCGGAAGAACUGGCUUACCAACAAAAAAUCAAGUACGGCGCAAAAAUUAACGGCUCGACGUUCUCGUUCUUUCAGGAUUCCUCGCAUGAACCGUAUGAAAUUAUGUAUAAUUACAUGAAGGCUCAUGCUGACGAAGUACUUAUGGAGAGUAACGAGGAUGGCGUGUGGAAGGUGCAGAACGAAAAUUACGCGUACCUCAUGGAAUCUUCAUCAAUUGAAUACAUCAAACAAAGAAAGUGUAACGUAACGCAGAUCGGUGGACUUUUAGAUUCCAAAAGCUACGGAAUAGCGAUGAGGAAAGAUGCGCCUUACCGUGUAGAUUUAAGUGGCGCUAUACUGAGACUGCAGGAAAACGGUGUGAUCGGCGAGCUACAAAAGAAAUGGUGGAAACAGAAACGAGGCGGUGAUACAUGCGACGAAAAAGAGAAGGUUCAAGUGAAUCCACUGAAUUUUGAGGACGUCGGCGGAGUAUUUGUAAUUAUGAUAAGCGGCAUUGCGUUGUCCUGGAUUUUUGCGGGAUGGACAUUUCUUUGGCAAAUUCGAAACGUUGCGAUCAGACAUGGCGUAUCCUUUAAAGACGAACUCGUAGAAGAGUUAAAAUUCUUAAUCAAGUGCAGCAGCAAGAAGAUCGUCAAGAGAAGAAAAACAUCCGUCGAGACGAUCGAAAGCAGCAGCAGCGGUUCCUAAUAAAUACAUGUUAUUUCCGUAGCGAGCAGUAAAAAAAUUAAACCCAAUAAAAUAGAAAUUACCACAGA